AUGGCUGCCGUCAAGAACACCACCAAGACCUACACCCUGAACACGGGUGCCCAGAUCCCAGCUCUCGGCCUUGGGACGUGGCAAUCCAAGCCAAAUGAGGUGAAGAACGCUGUUGAGGCAGCCCUCAAGGCGGGCUACCGACACAUCGACACGGCAUUCGCCUAUGGCAACGAGAAGGAAGUCGGUGACGGCAUCAAGGCCUCGGGCGUGCCCCGCUCCGAGAUCUGGCUUACGACGAAGCUGGACAACCCAUGGCACAAGCGCGUCACAGAGGGUUUCAACAAGUCCCUCGAGAACCUGCAGACCGACUACCUGGACCUGUAUCUGAUGCACUGGCCCAGCUCCACAGACCCUGACGACCUGAAGAAGCACUACCCGGACUGGAACUUUGUUGACACGUGGAGGGAGUUGCAAAAGCUGCUGGAUACGGGAAAGGUGAAGAACAUCGGCGUAUCCAACUUCGACAUCACAAAUAUGGAGAAGCUGCUCAAUGCCGAGAGCACAAAGAUCACGCCCGCUGUCAACCAGAUCGAGCUGCAUCCUUGCAACCCCUCACCCAAGCUCAUCGAGUACCUCAAGACCAAGAACAUCCACCCCUCUGCCUAUUCGCCACUCGGCAGCACCGACUCGCCUCUUGGCAAGAAUGAGGCCCUCCUGUCUAUCGCCAAGGCCAAGGGCAAGUCGCCGCAGCAGGUGCUGCUCGUUUGGGGUCUCCAGAAGGGCUUCUCCGUCCUGCCCAAGAGUGUCACUGAGUCGCGCAUCAAGGCCAACAGGGAGCUGGACGGUUGGAGCUUGACUGAUGAGGAGGUCGCCGCUUUGGACGGCAUCCAAGACAGGUUCAAGGUCUGCGGUGACGCCUGGUUGCCAAUUAGGGUAUUCCACGGGGAUGACGAGUAG